GAGGGGAGCCAGACGGGCGAGCGAAGGACCGGCAGAGUGAGUGAGGAGGGAGGAGUUUUCUCGCUUCCUCGCAGGGCGUCGCCGCCGGUCAAUCUCCACGCAGAGCGGGUGGCCGAGCGAGGACAGAGCAUGGCGCUCUCGGUGCCGGUCAACGGGGUGAAGGAAGAGGGCGACAAGCAGCCUCUCAUCGAGCUCUUCGUCAAGGCUGGAAGUGAUGGUGAAAGCAUAGGCAACUGCCCCUUUUCUCAGAGACUCUUCAUGAUUCUUUGGCUGAAAGGAGUGGUAUUUAGUGUAACAACAGUUGACUUGAAAAGGAAACCUGCAGACCUUCAGAACUUGGCACCGGGGACUCACCCGCCCUUCAUAACAUUUAACAAUGAGGUGAAGACGGACGUGAACAAGAUUGAAGAGUUUCUUGAAGAUGUCCUCUGCCCUCCCAAGUACACAAAGCUUUCACCAAAACAUCCAGAAUCAAACACUGCUGGAAUGGACAUCUUUGCUAAAUUUUCUGCAUUUAUCAAGAAUUCCAGGCCAGAAGCAAAUGAAGCCUUGGAGAGAGGCCUUCUGAAAACUCUGCAGAAGUUGGAUGAGUACCUGAAUACACCUCUCCCUGAUGAGAUCGAUGAGAACAGCAUGGAGGAUAUUGCAGCUUCCACCCGCAAGUUUCUGGAUGGCGAUGAAAUGACGCUAGCAGACUGCAACUUGUUGCCCAAACUACAUAUUGUCAAGGUUGUGGCCAAAAAGUAUCGCAACUUUGAUAUUCCCAAGACAAUGACUGGGAUUUGGAGAUACCUGACAAAUGCCUACGGUCGUGAUGAAUUCACCAACACUUGUCCUGGAGACAAAGAGAUUGAAAUCGCCUACAGCGAUGUAGCUAAGAGACUCACUAAAUAAGCAGUGUUUUGCACACAUUUCAUAACGAAACGCUUCUUUUAACAGACUGCUCCCCUUUUGUCUUUUUAAGAUAGUGAUUUACUUUGCAUGUACUUGCAGUUAUUCAGUGUUACAUUGGGUAGACCAGGUAUUUUUUCUUUCUUUCAAAAAAUGCAAACCAAUGUUAUGCCGUUUGCUUGCUUUGUAUCCUAUAAUAAGCAAACUGAGCACAGCAGUUAAUGUUGCAGUGAAGCAAUUCUGGAACCUGGCCCAGAACUGCUGAGUGGGCCCAGAACUUUACUACCCGGGCCUGCAGAUCCUGGGUCUCAAUUAGGUAGGACAGCCAUCUUACAUAGUCCAAGGAACUGAGUGGUAAAGCUUUUCCUGGAUUGAGCAUUUAAGGUAGUGGGAGUGGAGUGCAAGUUUGAACACUUUUCCUAUAUUAGAAGGCACCUUCUCUCUUUUCUGCACACACUUGGCUUGUUGGGGAGAUGGCUUCAGCAUACUCUCUCUGAUAGAAUAUUUUGAUGCGGAGAAUUUUAUUCAUUGCAGAGCAAAUACAGCCUCCGCAGCUCCAAACUUAGGUGAUUCAGCCUAAGGAAAGUUUUUUGUUUUUGUUUUUUUACCACUUGAUGCUUCUGAUUAUAUAAAGUGGCCUUUAAAUCUCAAUUUGCAUCUUGGGAUUUUCAGAUUUGUCUAGGAAGCACUUCUUGGUGUGAUUUAAGGAUUAUUUAUGUAUUUUCGAGAUGCUGUUGCAUACCAGAGCUCUCCUGAAACACUGUACCUGCUGGUCUGUCUCUGAACAGCGCACCAAAGUCUCUUACUGCCUCACUGAAAAGAGCUACAUGCAAAACCUUUGGGCAAGCAUGCCUGCUCAUGAGGGAAAAGGCACAUUUCAACAAGCUCAAAUGCCACAAGCUGUGACCCAUAGACACCAGGAACCCAGUAAACUGUUCUUGGAGGUGACAAGGGUUCACUGCAUAUGCUUGUAUGGGUGGGGUGGAGGGUGCAUUUUCCUGCAGGUCUCCAACUGAUUGGAUAAAAAAGCAAGACAUCUUUAUUGGAUGAAGCACAAUAAUCCAAGGCCAUAAUAGCAAGUUGCUUUAAAAAAAAAGGCACUAGGAGGCUUGUCAAUAUGUGGGAAUUAUUUCUUAAGUAACAUCAUUCCAAACCUGAGCUGUCAAGCAGCCUAAAUAUGCCAGAUGUUUCUACUCAACAUGUAACUACUCUUUUAUGUUGCUAGCAAGAAAUGCUGCAGUUGGGUGCCAGGGGUGCUUUCUUCUCACUGUGCUAAUGUCAGACUCCUGCAAAUAACUAUUUUUUAUUUUUAAAUAUGUGCAAGUGGCCUUUAGAUACCAACUGUUUUGCCUUACAUGCAUAAUUCCAUAUUGAUGAUUCUCUCCCUGGUAGUUUGUAAGCGUGGGAUGUGGAGUUUUCAGCCCCUCUUUCAUUUUUCUCUCCCUUCAAUAUGUCACAUCUGACUGCUGCAUAUGUACCUGAUCUAUAUUUUUUCACACCACAAUCAUUAACACAUUCAAGGUCCAAGUUGUGUAUUUCUAGAACAGCACCAAGGAAUAGCACUGUAAAAGCAACAAAUGGUUUGUGUUGCUGACUUGGGUUUUCUUUAAUAAAAGGAAAGUCAAGGAUUUAAGGCAUGGAGCAAACUUUCUAUUUAUUUUAAAUGCCAUCAAAGACUAUUCCAGCCAAUCAACACUAGUCUUCUUGCCAGCACACCUUUUGUAACUUUUACACUGGAGUGUACAUUUUUAAAGCACAUAUAAGGGCUCCUGUUAACAGACUUUCUGCAGCCCAACUCUGUGCAUGCUUGCUCAGAAGCAAGUUGCACUGCAUUUAGCAUGGUUUAUUCCCAAGUACGUGUGUACAAAUUUCAUUUUGGUGAGGGACUUGGUAUUAAGAGCCUUAGGUUUGUGGUUUUUUCUUCUUUUAAAUCUAAGAAUCAUACUUACAUUGUGAUCUCCUGAUCCAAUAAGUAGACACGUGAUUUCAGUAAUAGCUUUGUAUUUGUUAUACAUGCCUUUGUGGUGCCUUCUUUCUCUUUGCCAGUAUUCACAAAAGCCAGUCUUAGGCUUAAGGGUGGCCCCAAAGCAUCCUGCAGCUUUGACACAAUACACUAGAAGGUAGAACCUUUUCUAGCUACCUCUUAGUUUAAUUUCACUGGCUCGAAAUCUGCUCCAGAUUCUUCUUCUUGCUGAUUUUGCCCACACUGCCUUGCUUUAAGUCAGUUGACUGGCUUGGUGUACACAUUUGUGUUGUACAGCGUGGUGGAUCUUAUGCACAGGGUGGUUGUCCUCCUGAUGCCCACACUUGUUUACCUUCCAGUUGUCAUUUUGCCUGGCAGAUUUAAAGUUUCAGAUUCGAAGGUCGGAUGACCAGUGUGAUCAGAUGGGAUUUGAGGAAAAAGAUGGUCAGAUGUGGGCCAUUAGCUCAAAUUCUUGCAAUUCACUGUCCACAUAACCACCUCUUACGUAACUGCUAUUUCCCCAUCUGGUUACUGGAUCCAUUUAGCCCGGAACUAAUGCUUGGUGGAUUGUGUUUAUUUGAAAGCUUACCUUUAAUGAGUCAUGAAAGUAAAUAACUCGGCACCUCCCAACAGUAUCAGUCAAAAGGGAGGAAGCAGCAUGCCAAUUUAUUUUAAAUUACACCGCAGCACAGGGCAACCUUUAUCAUUUGGUGCUGAUUAUGCCUUAGUACUGUUUGACGAAACCUUUCCGGUUUGAAAUGUAGGCAGCAGUUGAAUCUUAUGCUCUGGAUUCUGUUAAGUUGGAACAGAGAAGUCAUUUGGAAGUACGGUAUAUUUUAGAGAGAAGCAUUAUCUCUCCCUCUGAAUAUUGAUGUGCACAAAUGUUCCCUCGUGUGACCAGUUAUCCACUUGGUGUGGUAGUAGAGGCAGUUUCUCCCACAAGUUAAGGUGCAUAAUUUGUGGUUGCAAGUGAUCAACCAUUUGGUUAACUUUAGCAGCCCACAUGGGUGAAAGCAUUCAGUGUUCCUCUUGAAUGAAUAAAGAGAUGGGCGUGUGUUUGUGGAUGGGGGGCUUCUGUCAUCAAAUGGGAUUUUUUUAUAGUUAUGUUUUUGCAACAGAAAUGUGAAAGGAAUUCCUAUUAGCUGACCUUUGUUUUGCCUAUGAAAUUUGUAGCAUUCAUACAUAGAUUAACUUUCUGGAAGACACAGAAAACCCCAAGUUUGACUUAACGUUUAUUCUUCCAAGGUUGGAGAGAAGGGAGUGCGGAAAGACAUGUGUUGUACCUACUGUAUUUAUAGUUUGGGAACUUGCCUAACCUGCACAAAACUAAAGAGUUAAUGAUCUUGCCACUUGCCAGUUUCUUACAAAAUUGAUAAUUUUUAUGUACAUUUGCAUUCUUAACAGAAUUUCAGACAUUCUGCUUCUAGCCAUCCAGAAUAGCAAAUGUAGGUCUAAUUCUCACAGACAUUCCCCCAACCCACCAUCCUCAGACUUUUGAACAUGGGAUGAUAGUUGCAUGAGAACCAGAAGUGUGAGCAAGAGCAGCUCCUUGUAGCAAUUCCUUAAAUGUUCCUCGUGUAUUAAUGUGACUUCCAAAAUGUCUUUCCCCUCCUAUAGUCAAUGAUGUUUUAAAUUCCCAUUCUAGUUGUCAGUCUAGGAGCAGUUGAGGAAUCACUCCUUUGCCUAAACCCAGGCGGUGGAGGGUGGAAUCUGUGGCCCUCUUGAUGCUGCUUGAUUCCCAGCUCCCAGUAGCCCUAGCAGGCACCGUCAAAGGUCAGAAUUAUGGGAGUUGCAGUCCAGCAACAAGGCCACAGCUUCUAUCACUUUUGCCCUAAAAAUAGGCAGGAGUGUUAAUUUUUAGAAUGAUUGAAGUCAUCUCAGAACUGGUGUGUCUGGGGAAAUUCUGUGCAUGUAUUAUUGUUAGCCACAGGAUAGUUGUGCCAUUGAAAGAGCCUGCUGGCUUGGACCACUCUGCGAAGCAGCUCCUACUGAGGGGGAACAUACCAAUUGGCUGCAUCUAAUGUUACUCUGAGUGCAGAAUGCUGCUUGGAUUCUGCUUCACAAGUAACAAGAAGGGUUGAGGUAGCCCUGAAGUCCUUUCUGCAAACGUAAUUCAGGAGGAAAAGUCUUUGCCCUCAUCCUAUACCCUUUGAUGUCACAACACUAUGGAUUCCAAUAGUUUGGACGAUGGAUUGUCCACAUGCUCUCUGUUGGGUCAUAUUUGUAUAAGAGAAUUGGCCAUUCUGCUUAUUUUGUUUAUAGUGAAAUAGAAUUUAUUUUUAAAAGAAAAGCUGUGGGUUAUAUCCAGCGUUAGUCAUGCUCCAUCAGAGUAGACCCAUUGAAAUGAAUGGGAAUGAUUAAUUUGGGCUCACUCAUUUCACUGGGCCUACUCUGAGUAGCACCUGCAGUGACUACAACCCAGGGAAUUAAAAUUGCAUGAUUUAUAUAUCAAGGUAUGCCUUUUUAACGAGGUCACCUUUGCUCAGCAGACAGAGCCUUGAGAAACAGAGAGAACAGGUGGAACACUUCUCUCAAAAGUGUGCAGAGCGUUUGUGAAAUCAUUACACUUGUCUGACUCGCACACGAACCAGUGUGCCACAUUCUGGGCAUGGAGAGGUAGGAAAGCAAACCUCAGGUUCCCCACCUCUGUCAAGUCCUUCCUGUGGGGCUCCAGCUCUCAUGAGCCCCAGCCAGCACAGCUGAAGAUCAGGCCUCUGUAACAAAAGUGUUUUCUGUGGACUCGGCUCAACAUGCAUUUGUACACAAAUUGGUUCUGUUUAUGUUAUCAGCCUCUAAAGGUAAUGGGCCACAGAAAUUGGUCUAGCCUAUCUAACUAUGCUAGAGCUAUGUGCAAAUAUUAACAGUGACAAACAGCAACCAGCUUAAAAAUCUGGCCAUUCUAGGGCCUACCAGUGUCUAAAUGUAACACACGAAGGUGUUCUAAUUCAUACCAAAAGUGUUAUGUAUAGUGGGGGGCUACAUAUGAGAGCUGAGGUCUGGCUUCAUUCCCUAGUGCUUGAAGCAUGUAUAUUCUUUGGGGGCUUUUGUGGAACCUUGGUUAUCACUCAUCUGCCUACCUGCCUUUCCAUGAAAUGUUGCUUUAAGAGGCAAUGCUAAAUCAACUCUUCAUGCUAAAAAUGAAUAACUGUCCCCUCCCAGCUGUGACUAAUGGUAGAUGUUUUAUCCCAUGUUGAAACCACAAUUCCUUAGAUACAGUCAAGUUCCUUCUUAUCCUUUUGAACAUACCUGAAAAGUUCGUUCUGAGCAAAACAUGUUUUAAAAAUAUAUAUCAUCCUGUUUUAUCUGCUCGACUGUUGCAUCUGGGUGGGUGGGGGCAUAGAUUCCCAGAAUGGGCAGGGCAUUGAUUUGGCGUUUGUACAGAGAUACCUGGAAUCUCUCGUGAUAUAUUGUAAUAUGCUUCUCUUUUCACUUUUCUGGAAUAUCUUUUACAGGUAUACUGGCAAACUGCUGGCAGCUGUUUUAAAAAAUAAAAUUUAUAUUUUUCACUUAA